AUGGUAGAAACUAGGUAUAGAACAACAUCCCAUACUGUAUGCCAAGGGUUAUCUUUAAGCCCUGAAUAUGGAUUUAUUGUUGUACACUGCAGUGCUGGGAUUGGGAGAUCAGGAACAUUUUGUCUGGCUGACACAUGUCUCUUGCUGAUAGACAAGAGGAAAGAUCCUUCUUCUGUAGACAUUAAGCAGGUGCUUCUGGAAAUGUGGAAAUACAGAAUGGAGCUGGUCCAGACAGCAGACCAAUUGUGUUUCUCUUAUCUGGCUGUUAUUGAAGGAACCAAAUAUAUUAUGGGAGACUCUUCUGUUUCGGAGCAAUGGAAAGAGCUCUCCAAUGAGGAUUUGGAGCCACCUCCGGAGUAUACCCCACCACCCAGACCACCAAAAUGUAAAUUGGAACCACACAAUGGAAAAUGCAAAGAAUUUUUUCCAAACCACCACUGGAAAAUGAAUGAAAUAUGUGCUAAAGAACAAGAUGGCCCUAUUAUAGAAGAAAGCAUAACUUCCUUAACUGUACCACUGACCACAGAAAGUCCAGACGCUGGAGUUAGAAAGAGAACUGAUAGUGAACGUCAGAAUGCCACAUCCACCAAAGAAGAGCCAUCCCCAGAGGAGGAUGAAGACAAUAUGGCAACUGCCUGGAAGCCCUUUCUAGUCAAUACCUGUAUGUUCACUGUCCUCACAGCUGGAGCUUACCUCUCUUACAAGAGUAAUUAUGAGUACUCCAAAGAAGCGGCAGCAGAGGCAGCCAAAAGUGAGUGCAGAGAUACUCAGUGUAGGGUGGCUACAGAGAGCAGUGGAAGUACAGAAGUGGGGAAGCAACAGAUGACAGCUGGGGAGGCAGAAAGGCAACAGCAGCAGAAUAAAGAACACCAAAUCUUAAAAAAAAGAAUAGCAUUAAUAGCAAAGCAAUCUCUGGACCGGACAAAGGACCUGCAGGAAGUGGAACUGAGAAGCACCAUGGGGGCAAUUGGAUGA